GGCAGCUUCGCCUACACCUAGACAGAGACUCGAUCAUCUCCCAAGUUGUCUCCUUUUAUAAUCCACACAAAACAGUAUAUUCAAAUAAGGAUUACAAAUCGAGACAAAACUUUGGAGAAGAUCGAAUCUUUUUUAAACUACAAUAAACAACUCUGCGCUUUAUUUCUCAUUCAAGAAACCUUUGAAUUGUUUCCUGCAAUCCCAUUAAAAAAAAAAAAAAAAGCCUUCGUCUUUAUCUCUUAUUUCAGGGUGUUCAUUCUCGAGUGCCAUUGCUCAGGCUGUGUUGUUGUUCUUCUUGGAGGCAUAGAAUUAUCUCUAUGGGAGAAGCUCCAGCUUUUCAAGUGGAUCAUCUGGAGAACGGACACUCCCAUGGCGUCGGUGUAAAAUCUGAAACCAAUAACACUGAGAUAUCAGUCGAUAUCGGUGAUCGAACAUUUGUGAUUGGUGGAAAUCAUGAAAGGAACACUUUUUCCAUUGGGGUUCGAAUUCAUGACAAGAACAGUAACAACUGGUUUAGUCCUAUUGUGCUUGGGACAGGUCCUAAGCCCAGCAAGGGGUACUCCGCGUCUGUUCUUAAACAAGGUCGGAUUUUGGUUAUUAAGAGAGGUUCACCUUGCAAUGACUCCAUCUGGUUCCUCGAGGUAGAUAGUCCUUAUGUGCGAGAACAGAAGAAAUUACUAAAGAAGGAAGUUGUUGCUUGGAGUAAAGGUGUCAGAGGCAAUGCUGAGAAGCCUAUUGUUAUAAGCGGUCCUUCUGGAGUUGGAAAGGGAACGCUUAUCUCAAUGCUUAUGAAGGAGUUUCCUUCAAUGUUUGGGUUCUCAGUGAGCCACACAACUCGAUCUCCGAGGUCUAUGGAGAGAGACGGUGUUCAUUAUCACUUUGCUGAUAAAAAAGUUAUGGAGAAAGAAAUCAAAGAUGGAAGGUUUCUUGAGUUUGCUUCUGUUCACGGUAAUCUCUAUGGAACCAGCAUUGAGGCCGUUGAGGUGGUAACAGAUUCAGGAAAGAGAUGUAUUCUCGACAUUGAUGUUCAAGGGGCAAGGUCUGUGAGAGCGAGUGCUCUUGAUGCAGCAUUCAUAUUCGUAUGUCCACCUUCUAUGAAAGAGCUUGAAGAUCGGCUCCGUGCUAGAGGAACCGAGACAGAGGAGCAAAUUCAAAAGCGGCUUAGAAAUGCUGAGGCAGAGAUCAAAGAAGGGAAAUCGUCAGGCAUUUUUGGUCUUAUGUUGUAUAAUGACAACCUCGAGGAAUGCUAUAAAAAGCUCAAGAAACUCUUGGGACUAGAUGGAGUCUCUCUUGUCAAUGGGGUAGAAAUAGAAGGGAUCAAUCUUCCCACCGAGCACACAGUAUCCAAAAUGGAAGAUAAGAUCAUUGUUCAAGAAACAGGAAAAGAAACUAGGAACAAAAUUGUGUUGGACUUAUCUUCGCUAAAUGGAGGGGCACCGGGUAGAACAAGGGGGAUUCUUGUCGACACCAUUAAGUUUUAAGCUGACAAAACAUAAAACUGUUAUUUCAUUCAUUACAGAGCCGUUUUCCCUUGGAUUAGAUAAGACAUUCAAAGAGUUUAAGUGAACGAUGAUGAUGGUAACUAAAGAGUUUGGGAUGUUGAUGAUAUUGUUCGUUGUAAUUUGGAUUGACAAGAAUCGAAGAAUCAAAUUUGAAAUUCUUUUAGAUG